AUGCCACAGCCUUUCACCCAGACUCCAAGCCUCUCGGCUAGGGAUCUCUGGGCCCAUCCCGCCCUGUGGAUUCAGCUGCUUUACGUCGCGCGAUACUCAAAGAACUAUACGACCUAUCUUACCCCGGCACACGUGCUUCACUUGGAGUUUAGUGUGAAGAAAAACACUCUAAGCUGGGUCCAUGCCAGUAUGAAACGCCAACGCCUCAAGAUUGAUACGCCCUACGUGUGUGGAACCGAAGAUACUUCAAUGGAGUGUCGAGAGGUGUUGACCGGAUAUCUGUUAACCAAUACGAUACCCAAGCAAAAGAUGAGUUUACAGUGGCAGACCGUUCGUCGCGAAUCUGGUGACAACAUGCGAAUCAUGGUGCCAUAUCAAACAAUACCAAGUGAUCAACAGUCAAUCAAAGAAACGUUCCAAUUGGUGCAUCAAACGAUACUGUUUCGAAAGUCCCACAGGAUGGACAUCACUCUGCCAGAAGACGAAAGGUCGACGGACAGUGGCGUUUCGGAUCAGCUUCUACAGUACGACCUGAAGGAAGUCCGCGUUCUAUACUCAGUUAUCAAAUGGAUACCACAAGACGAAACCUACCGACAGUACAGAAUACCAGAAGAAAGACUGAGCGAUACUAUUCUCGCAAAGUCAUCCACGAGUGAUUCUUUCUCGCAAAGUCAUCCACAACAUCCUAACGUUAAGAAACUUCCAAAGGAAUGUAGAAUUAUUCAACAGUUAAAACACCCAAACAUCGUGACUUUUAUUCGAACGAUAAUGGAUGAGAAACGCAUGAUGAUUGGAAUUGCUCUAACACCCCGUCGGUUCCUAGCUGCCAUAUCACCCGAAGGAGCCACGAAGGCUGAGAUACCGCCAAGUCGCCCAAACCCAGACAGAAGUCUUAAUGCCGGGGUACAUCGCGUUCAAAUUGUUCAUCGAGAUAUCAACCCGAACAACCUACUGCGUACCACAGAAGAGCAGAUCAAGUACUAUCGUUCAGCUGUAGCACCCUUUCGGUGCCUAGCUGCCAUGCCACACGAAGAAGGCACGAAGGCUGGGAUACCGCCAGGUUGCCCAAACCUAGACAGGGGAAUUCGAGAGGCAGAGGUCGGGUCCGAACCGCGGACCUUCCAGUCAGUAAACUCGCGCUCCAACCACUUGGUCCAUCCCGUCCCAGGGUACUAUGGACUUUCGGGGAACACCUUUUUAAUAACAGAUUUUGGUCUGAGCGAGGAAUAUGCUGAAGACCGACCGCUUAGAGGUACGAUCGGAACCCCGCAGUACCUAGCACCAGAAUGUGUGAAGGAACCUGGUGAACCGUACGACGGGAAGCCCGUGGACGUUUGGGCCUUAGGAAUGACCUUGUAUUGGAUGAUACAACGAGAAAACUAUUACGACGGCGAGAACAAAUACGAUAUCUUUGAAAAAAUACAGAGAGAACCCGUAGUCGUGGAAAGGCAAGUUGAAUAUGUUAUUGUUAUGAUAACUUAUGCAGCAAGAUAA